AUGUCCAGUCAAGCUGAGAUAAUAGCCAAGGAUGGUGCUCAAGCAUUCUCCAUAUUGAAAACAUUAACUGACGAAGAAAGAUCAGACGCCUUACAUCAAAUCUAUCAUGGUUUAAAAGAUCAUAAACAAGAUAUCUUAGAUGCCAAUAAGAUUGAUAUGAAAAAUGCUAUUGAUCAUAAUUUAUCAUCGUCAUUAGUAAGACGAUUGAAUUUAGAAGAUAAGGGGAAAUUCGAUAGUAUGUUACAAGGGAUUUUAGAUGUGGCUAAUUUAGAAGAUCCGGUAGGGAAAAUCACAUUAGCUAAGAAAUUAGAUGAUGGAUUAAAUUUAUAUCGAGUUACGGCUCCAAUUGGGACAUUAUUAAUUAUAUUUGAAAGUAGACCUGAAGUAAUUGCUAAUAUCACUAGUUUAGCGAUUAAAUCAGGGAAUUCGGCUAUUUUAAAAGGAGGUAAGGAAAGUUAUCAAACUUUUAAAGUUAUGAGUAAUAUUAUAUCUCAAAUUUUACAACAAAAGACUAAAGUCCCUAAUAAAGCAAUUCAAUUAAUUGAACUGAGAAAUGAAGUUAAUGAUUUAUUAAGUCAAGAUAGAUAUAUUGAUUUAGUAAUUCCAAGAGGAUCGAAUGAAUUAGUUCGUAAUAUUAAAUCAUCUACCAAGAUCCCAGUAUUGGGUCAUGCCGAUGGGAUUUGUGCUAUUUAUGUUGAUGAUGAAUUCGAUGAUAUUAAUAAAGCUAUCAAUAUCAUUAUUGAUUCAAAAACAAAUUAUCCUGCUGGAUGUAAUGCAGUUGAACAACUUUUAAUUAAUAAAAAUGUAUCACAAAUUGAUAUUAAUCAUAUUAUAAAUAAAUUAAUUGAAAGUAAAGUUAUAUGUAAUGUAACUGAUGAAGUGAAGUCAUUAUUAACAACAACUAUUAAUUCAGACUAUAUCAAAUCAGUUGAAUCAGAUUCAUUCGAUAAAGAAUUCUUAUCAUUUGAAAUCGCCAUUACAUUAAUUGAUUCCUUAGAUCAAGCCAUAAGUCAUAUUAAUCUUCAUUCCUCCAAACAUACUGAUUGUAUAAUCACUGCUAAUAAAACCAAAGCGGAAAAAUUCUUAAAAGGAAUAGAUAGUGCAGGAGUAUAUUGGAAUUGUUCAACUCGAUUUGCUGAUGGAUUCAGAUAUGGAUUUGGAACUGAAGUUGGAAUCAGUACCAAUAAGAUCCAUGCUCGUGGACCAGUGGGAUUAGAAGGAUUAAUGAGUUAUCAAUAUCAAUUGAAAGGGAAUGGUCAUAUUGUUUCUGAAUAUGUGGGAGCAGGAGGUAAUAAAGUAUUCAUUCAUGAAGAUUUACCUUUGAAGUAA